GUUUGUCUUUACUCGGCCACCGUCUCGUCAGCGUUACGGAGUAUUUUGUCCGCCUGCCGCCGCCGUCCCAGAUAUUAAUCACGGAGUUCCAGGGAAGACGAACUUGUGGUAUGGGGGAGUCGGGAGGUGUUGCCGGCACCAUGGAGUCACCUUUUAGCCCGGGACUCUCUCACAGGCUGGAUGAAGAUUGGGAUUCUGGCCUGUUUGCUGAACUCGGUUAUUUCACAGACACUGAUGAGCUGCAAUUGGAAGCAGCAAAUGAGACGUAUGAAAACAAUUUUGAUCAUCUUGAUUUUGAUUUGGAUUUGAUGCCUUGGGAGUCAGACAUUUGGGACAUCAACAACCAAAUCUGUACAGUUAAAGAUAUUAAGGCAGAACCUCAGCCACUUUCUCCAGCCUCCUCAAGUUAUUCAGUCUCGUCUCCUCAGUCAGUGGACUCUUAUUCUUCAACUCAGCAUGUUCCUGAGGAGUUGGAUUUGUCUUCUAGUUCUCAGAUGUCUCCUCUUUCCUUAUAUGGUGAAAGCUCUAAUAGUCCCUCUUCAGCAGAGCCACUGAAGGAAGAUAAGCCUGUCACUGGUCCUAGGAACAAGACUGAAAAUGGACUGACUCCAAAGAAAAAAAUUCAGGUGAAUUCAAAACCUUCAAUUCAGCCCAAGCCUUUAUUGCUUCCAGCAGCACCCAAGACUCAAACAAACUCCAGUGUUCCAGCAAAAACCAUCAUUAUUCAGACAGUACCAACACUUAUGCCAUUGGCAAAGCAGCAACCAAUUAUCAGUUUACAACCUGCACCCACUAAAGGUCAGACGGUUUUGCUGUCUCAGCCUACUGUGGUACAACUUCAAGCACCUGGAGUUCUGCCCUCUGCUCAGCCAGUCCUUGCUGUUGCUGGGGGAGUCACACAGCUACCUAAUCACGUGGUGAAUGUGGUUCCAGCCCCUUCGGCGAAUAGCCCAGUGAAUGGAAAACUUUCUGUGACUAAACCUGUCCUACAAAGUACCAUGAGAAAUGUGGGUUCAGAUAUUGCUGUGCUAAGGAGACAACAACGUAUGAUAAAAAAUCGAGAAUCUGCUUGUCAGUCUCGCAAGAAGAAGAAAGAAUAUAUGCUAGGGUUAGAGGCGAGAUUAAAGGCUGCCCUUUCAGAGAACGAGCAACUGAAGAAAGAAAAUGGAACACUAAAGCGGCAGCUGGAUGAGGUUGUGUCAGAGAACCAGAGGCUUAAAGUCCCUAGUCCAAAGCGAAGAGCUGUCUGUGUGAUGAUAGUAUUGGCAUUUAUAAUACUGAACUAUGGACCUAUGAGCAUGCUGGAACAGGAUUCCAGGAGAAUGAACCCUAGUGUGAGCCCUGCAAAUCAGAGGAGGCACCUUCUAGGAUUUUCUGCUAAAGAGGCACAGGACACAUCAGAUAGUAUCAUCCAGAAAAACAGCUACAGAUAUGAUCAUUCUGUUUCAAAUGACAAAGCCCUGAUGGUGCUAACUGAAGAACCAUUGCUUUAUAUUCCUCCACCUCCUUGUCAGCCCCUAAUUAACACAACAGAGUCUCUCAGGUGGAGCUUAGAUAUGCUUGGAAAUGUGAGAAUCUUAGCUACUAUAGAAGGGAAUGAUGGAGAAGAAUCUAUAUUUGUUAAUAGUAAAGAAGUUCCUGUAUUAAACUUUUUUUUUUUAAUAUUCCAGGGUGCUCUGGAACAGGGCUCAAAUUCUCAGCUGAUGGCUGUUCAAUACACAGAAACCACUAGUAUCAGCAGGAACUCAGGGAGUGAGCUACAAGUGUAUUAUGCUUCACCCAGAAGUUAUCAAGACUUUUUUGAAGCCAUCCGCAGAAGGGGAGACACAUUUUAUGUUGUGUCAUUUCGAAGGGAUCACCUGCUGUUACCAGCUACCACCCAUAACAAGACCACAAGACCAAAAAUGUCAAUUGUGUUACCAGCAAUAAACAUAAAUGAGAAUGUGAUCAAUGGGCAGGACUACGAAGUGAUGAUGCAGAUUGACUGUCAGGUGAUGGACACCAGGAUCCUCCACAUCAAAAGCUCAUCAGUUCCUCCUUACCUCCGAGAUCAGCAGAGGAAUCAAACCAACACCUUCUUUGGCUCCCCUCCUGCAGCCACAGAGGCAGCCCACGCUGUCAGCACCAUCCCUGAGUCAUUACAAUAGUACCCUGCAGCUAUGCUGGAAAACUGAGCGUGGGUCUGCCAGGCUGAAGAGCAGGUGAGCGAAAUGCUGCUUUCUGCCUUGGUGGCAGGCAGAGAACUGUCUCAUACUAGAAUUCAAGGAGGAAAGAAGAAGAAAUAAAAGAAGCUGCUCCAUUUUUCUUCAUCUACCCAUCUAUUUGGAAAGCACUGGAAUUCAGAUGCAAGAGAACAAUGUUUCUGCAGUGGCAAAUGUAGCCCUGCGUCCUCCGGUGUUACCUGGUGUAGAUUUUUUUUCUGUACCUUUCUAAACCUCUCUUCCCUCUGUGUUGGUUUUGUGUUUAAACAGUCAUCUUCUUUCAAAUAAUAUCCACCUUGCCAUUUCACUUAUUGAUUCAUAAAGUGAAUUUUAUUUAAAGCUAUGCCACACAUGCAUGUUCAAAUGGUUUCCACUGAUUCGAUUUUUCAUUCAUUUAAUGCAAACUCAUUCUGGAUAUUGUCCUUAUUUGAGAAAACACAUUUCAAAACCAAAACGGCCAAAAACACUCCAAAAACAGUCAAAACAAUUUGGAGCUUUCUAAAGGAAAAACUCCCAGUUGGUAAAGUUUAUCUUUACUUAGGAUUUGUGGCUCACACCUAAACAAAGGGGGUUAGGGAGUGUGUACAAAUUUGAGAAAAUAGAAGGGUAAGGGAAGGGCCAGUGGUGGGGUUUGAAGAGAGGAGAUAGCUCCAUUAAUACACAUGUUUAAAAGAUGGAAAGUUUGAUGUGAUUGCAGUAUGAGAUUAAAGCCACAGCUAUUGUUUAUUUUGAGGACUCUAGGUCACCAAGUAUCAGCACACAAACUUAUAUUUUCUCUUUACUAAUCUGGUAUAGGUCCUCAUGGACCACAGGACAAAGCUUUCAUUUUCAUUCAUUCUUCUAUUGAAAUUAUACCAAAAUCAGCUGAGGAACAUGGAAGUAACUUUAGACUUAAACAAGACAAAAGCUUUUUCACUGGAGAAUUGACAAGUAUUUGCUCCUUAAAACAAUCCUGAUUACUGAAUGUGGAUUCUUGCUGAGGGAAUGCAUCCCAUAAUAUGGCAACGAUUUUCAGUUUCUCGAAUGAAAAGACAGUGAAGGAAUUAAAUCUUUUGUCCUCCCAUGGUUAAAAAAAACAAAAAAAAAGUUGUGUUCAUUUGUACUGUACUAUGCCUCUUUUUUUUUUUUUUACCAUAGUAGACAAUUAUGUUUCAUUUGAUAAAUUCAUAGAAAUGGAUCUGAGACAGUGAUGUCCUCUCUAAUGUUCUGCCUUCAGUUUCUAAAGUGAGUCUUCCUCCCUCUCCUACAAAACUUUCCCAUUUUUUGAUGUAACUCAUCUACAAACACUGUUUCUUACCCCCAUUGACUUGCCUUUGUCAGAUUUAUUCUUGUUCCACACUAUAGCAAUCAGUUUCUCUUCUUGCUUGCAAGAAAGGGAAAGAGAAAUUAUAGCAACCUCUCAAGGAUUAUACAUAGCUAGCUAGUUUUCUGCCUGUGAAAUUAGGCCUGGCUCCUAAACAAUUUUAAAGAACCAUCAGCACUUCUAACUCUCUGGACUGGUGCCUCUUUGUCCAAGCUAGUUAAAUGCUUUCCAAGGAAAUCAGUUCAACUUUUGUGAGUGGGGGGAAAAGGAGGGCUUUAUUGUUGUAUGACCUGGGAUUCUGGAGUUUGAAAAGUGCUAAUUAACCUUCCUCUUUUUGCACAUUACAAACUUUUUUAAGUCAGUGCAGCACUUCCCUUAGAUUUGGCUAUCCUGGGUGAUUUUCAGACAAGAACCAUUUUCCCUGGGGACCAUUCUUCUAAUGGGUGCCAAGGAAUGUAAGGCAAAUGCCCAGAAGACCUUCAGGUAACUGGGCAGCCUUAUCAUGGGAUAUUUCUACUGACUCUGCCCCUUCCCAUUACUGUAAUAUGAAUUAGCCACACCAGAGGCUAUGACCAUGGCUAGUAGACAGUGGCAACGUAGUCAUCCCCAAGCUGCUCAUCUGCUGGAACUGUCAUACGUUAUUAUCAUGGUCAGUGUAAACCUGGUUUGUGUGGGGUGGUUAUAAAUAGAGUUUCCCUCCUCUCCAUGACAUAGAAUCACAGGAGAAGGACCUAUCUCAUGGCCUUGUUCUUAGCGCUUCACUUUUACUUCAUCUCUCGAUUCCCAGCUUUUUCUGUGAUCAUUUUACCAACUCCUCAGAUGGAAGAUUUUGGUUAUGUCAUAUUCACCAACAUUAGUCCCUGUCUUCCGGGUGAAAAGGUGGGUAGCGGUUGGGAGGGAGUCUCCACUGAAGAGCAGGAAGGUAGUAGCAGGCCGGCAGCCCUGCCACAGAACUAGGGGUGCCUGUGAGGUGCUGCCCAGAGCAGCCUGGGAGCUUUGCCUUCUUUUCUGUCUCACUAUCCCUUCUGCUCUUUGUCAUUGCCUGUUCUUGAAUGGAUCUUUGAGAUGAGGGAACAGGAUUCUCCUAAGGGUAGAGUUUCAGGAAAUGAGUGAAAGGAAAUUGACAAAUGCAAAGAAGUAGUCUACUUUUUAAAUUGCUGGCAAAGCUAUAAUGAAUCCUAGGCACAAUCGUCAUUUUUAUUUUAAUGUUUGUAUGCACAAGGCCCUUUAGGAAAUAAGUUGCCAUGCCAGAUUAUUAUUAUUAUUAUUAUUAUUAUUUUGUGGUGGGAUUGCCUUUUGGGGGUUGCAGCCAGAAAUUGUGGGUAAUAUGUGUAUUUUUUUAUUUAUUAAAUUUUAAAUGGGAUUUUGCAAGCUUAUUAGACAAUUAGAUAAACUCAUGGAGGAGGCAGGUCCUCCUGUUAUUAGAUGAUUUUGUGCUCUUUGAGCUGACAAUGAUACAGUCUUGAGAAGUAAUGGUGGAGGCUGAUGGGAACAGUCUUUCUGCAAGUCCCAAAUUUUUAAGGCUUAAUGGAAGUAAGUGGAUGUUUCCUCAUGUUAACUACUGAGUCAGAUGUUAGGAGCUUGUCCCUUUGGGGUUGACUUAUGUCCAGCAGUACAGGGACACAGCUUCGUUAGAGUGUUAGUGUCAACUAACUCCAAAGUUAGGAGUUAAUGUGAAAGGAUCAACCUUGAAACAAAUCUGUUGUUUGCCAUGCUUGUAGUAUAGAUAUUUCACAUUGAGUUUUGGGUGGGAUUUGUGUUUUCACAAGUAAAAAAUCCCCCAUAAUUAUAAAACUCAGACCAUAAUUAUAAAACUCAGAGCAUCAUCUAAUUUAAAAACAAAAAAAUGACUACAAGUUCCAGCACAAAACUGGCAUUUCUUUGCCAUUUCUUGCCAGUAAGAAGUAGACAUGGAGGUAUUUGAAAGCAAUGUUAUGUGAGUCAUUCUUAAGCGUUCCAAGUAAAUUUAGAAACAGACGAGGAACUUGGGAUUCAAAUUGAUUUUUCAAAUCAUUUUUUAAAGAGACAUCAUCCUGAUUAAAUCCUCUUGGCCUGACCCUUCCUCCCCAGUGUGUAUUCCCCAGUAGUCACCGCAGCAAGAUGCUGGUGAGACUGCCGUGGCAGCAUUUAACAUUGUUAAAACUGGAAAACUCUCAAGCUCUUUGCCACUUUGCUACGAUUUUUUGAUUCUUGCCAUUUUACUACGCUCAGGUUGUGAAACUUGACAGAAAUGUAUUACAGGAAAAACUUGUAAUUGUAUUUGACUUUCUAACACAUUGCAAAGUUUCAAAGUGACUUUCACUUUCAACAACAUAUUAGAAGUAACCACUUUUGCUUUCACAGCCUGAAGAGCUAGAGCCUGAUCCGAUGCCCCCUUUCACUCUGAAGUCAUGGGAAAUUUUCCAGCCAUGAAAGCCUUCUUUCCACUGCAUACUGAUGGGCUGACUCAGCUUCCUUCAGCUGACUGAGAUCUUUUCAUUGGCUAUUUGCUAUUUCAUACCAAGUAACUAUUGGCUAUUUCAUACCAAUUAACCUCUUAAAUAAGAUUGUUAAUUGCCAAAAUUGAUAGACACUUAUUACCAUCUGUGGACUCCAUAUACCUUACCAAAAAUGUUAUUUUCAUCAGUCUUGAGUCGUUCUAACUUACAGAAAUUAGGAUUGUUGCGCUAAUAUGAAUACCAAUUAUAACUUUUAAAAACAAGAAUAAAGCCUAAAAGAUAGAGAAUGAAAUAUAAGAAAUGUUCAUUCCCACCCCUAAUAACAUUUGGAAGUGAAUAUUCCCAUUUCCUUCCACCCACAGGGACUGGAAUUGAUUUUUAAUUUUCUAGGAAACAAUACUGGACUAUCCAAAAAGAUGUUGCCAGAAUCCGAAAGGAACUAUGCUUGUAAAAGAAAAGCAGUUUUCUCCUACCUAAGAAAAAGAAAGUAAAGUGUGUUCUGUUCUUAGCUUUUUAAUGACUAAGCUUAAAACAGUUUAUUUUGGGUAAGACUAGAACUUUGGGCAGUUUGUUCUAAUAUCUGUGUUAUUAGAUGCAGUCGAAUUUAUGCAAAGAAGAAUGACAAAGGUAUCUGAUUAGGAAAUUUGAUCUUACGUAUGAAUCCAUGUCAUGGCCAGCCACUGUCACACAGUAGGUGCCAUUCUCAACAUAUUGGUUUGCUAACUUUAAGCAUUAGGGAUUUAGCACACUAAAAUACUUUUAAUUAUUAUUAGGCUUGGUAACUAAGGAGUAAAUAAAUCAUAGUUUAUCAUUUGCCAAGGCCAACAAACAACACUGUUGUGCUGUUUGCUCUCAAUGAAGUUGAAUAAACCAGGAGGCUUGGCAUAUCCCCUUUAUGUUAAUCCCAGCUAGAGAUUAGCAGGUUGACUUUCACAGCAAUUGUAUAUUGGUCCAUUUUAACUCAUACUUGCCAUAAUUUCCAGGCCAGUCACCAGGACAGAGGAGAUGAUGGGGAAACAGAACUUUAGAUGAAAACUACUAUGCACUACUAGCCUUUGAGGCACUGGUUUCCUGUUACCACUUUGGCAAGUAUGGCUGGUCUAAGUCCAGUAGGGCUUCAUCCAUGGAGCCGUUAGAACUGAGGAGGGAGUGUCAGAGAUACCAUUUCACCAGGAUCUUUUUGCUCAGGUUGUACGCAUGCCAAUUGAAGAACGUGUUAAAGAUGAGGAGGAGAGAUGUACCAUUCUCUCCCUUAAUAAUGAUGUUGGUUUGCAAAACCUAAAGAAAUAAUAACAGCAGACUAUUUCAUACUUUCAAGCAAGUCUUUAUAAUAUAAUACCUGUUAUUUCUCUAAAAUUCAAAUAAAGAAUUUUUAAACUUA